AUGACUCCAAUAAAGGGGGACACUGGGACUUGGGGUGGGGGCUUUUACUUCGACAGGGACGACGUGGCCCUAUCGCGACUGUCGCGGUUCUUCCUGGAGCAGUCGCGGGAGGAGCGGGAGCACGCCGAGGGGCUGCUGCGCUUCCAGACCAACCGCGGGGGCCGCUUUCUGCUGCAGGACAUCAAGAAGCCGGAGCGGGACACCUGGGGCUCGGCGCUGGAGGCGGUGGAGGCGGCGCUGGCACUGGAGAAGUCGGUGAACCAAGCGCUGCUGGAGCUGCACGCCCUGGCUGCCGAGAAGGGGGACCCCCAUCUUUGUGACUUUUUGGAGUCCCACUACCUGGACGAGCAAGUGAAGGCCAUCAAGGCGCUGGGUGACCACGCCACCAACUUGCGGCGCCUUGCCGGCGGCACCUCGGGGCCCGGCGAGGUCUCGGCCGGCCUCGGGGAGUACCUGUUCGACCGCCUGAGCCUGGAGGAGCGCAGCUGAACCGCCCCCAGCCCCCAGACCCUCGUAACCCCCCGCCCCAUCCAAAGGGCCUCUGCCUGCUGGGAUCCCCGAGCAUGACUCCAAUAAAGGGGUCUGUCUC